UCUGCAAGGAACAAUUAUGAAUCUUUCAUUACACAUUUCACAGAUUUCUCCCGCAUUUCACUAUCUCUCCUACUUAGCCUUAAUUCCAACCCAAGUAAAAGUAGUUUUCUUUAACUACUAGUGAAACCAACAUGUUUAUUUCUUGAUUCUUGACCACACUAACAACCCAAAGAGUCUUUGUGUUCUGUGUUCCUAACUCCUAUAAGUGCUUUCUGCUUCUAAUAAGAGAGAGUGUGUGUGGGAGAGAUCUUGUUUUGUUGGAAGAGACUAAUAGCCAUGGCAUUUGCAGGAACAACCCAGAAAUGCAUGGCGUGUGAGAAGACAGUCUAUCUCGUUGACAAGUUAACCGCAGAUAAUAGAGUCUACCACAAAGCGUGUUUCAGAUGCCACCACUGCAAAGGCACCCUCAAGCUUAGCAACUAUAACUCGUUCGAGGGAGUUCUAUAUUGCAGGCCACACUUUGAUCAACUCUUCAAGAGAACUGGUAGUUUGGACAAAAGCUUCGAAGGGAUACCAAAGAUUGAGAAGCCAGAUAAACCUGUCCUCAACGGGAAACCGCUAGCAAAUAAAGUUUCAAGCUUUUUUGUUGGAACAAGAGAGAAAUGUGUGGGCUGCAAGAGUACUGUCUAUCCAAUUGAAAAGGUCUCGGUGAAUGGAAGUGCAUAUCACAGGAGCUGCUUCAAAUGCAGCCAUGGAGGGUGCGUGAUUAGCCCAUCCAACUACAUUGCAUAUGAUGGCCGCCUAUACUGCAAACACCACCAUAUUCAACUUAUCAAGGAAAAGGGCAACUUGAGCCAACUUGAGGGAGAGCAUGAGAAGAAUUUGGUCAGAGUGAUGGAAAUUGCUGCAGAAUAGUAAUUUGAACGGUAUUUUGGACUGUUACUUGGCUUUAAAGCAAUUAAUUCCUGUUUAGCUGCCUGCAUUUCAUUCCUGUUUAUAAAGUUAAAAGUAAAAUAAUGAUCUACAUCUACUGAUGCAUGUUAGUUGUUUACUACCUUCUAGCCUUGAUUUAUAUCAAGGAAUUACGAUGUUCAAAGGAAGAUUCUUUGAAUGAUAUAGUAACAUGAUGGAUCAAAUUUCACUUUCAUGCAA